AAUAGUACGUUUCCUUUGUUCUUCAUCCUCUCCUCAACACACAACUUCUACAAACCCUAGCUAGUUUGCGCACUUUCCUUGGCUUAAAACGUCGAGGAUGUCAUUCUCGACAAAUCUCGUCUCUUCGAUAAUUUUCGUCGUAUUGGCGAUGCUUAAUCCAUCCGAGGCCAGCCUCGACGCUCGUUACUACGAUAGAUUGUGUCCCGCCGCGGAGAAAAUCGUUCUCGAAACCGUUCGAAACGCGACAUUGCAUGAUCCUAAGGUCCCUGCUCGCAUCCUUCGUAUGUUCUUCCACGACUGCUUUAUCCGGGGUUGUGAUGCAUCGCUUCUACUGGACUCGACUCGGACUAACCAAGCCGAGAAGGAUGGCCCUCCAAACAUCUCGGUCCGGGCAUUUUACGUGAUCGAUGAUGCCAAAACUAAGCUCGAAAAAGCAUGUCCUCGGAAGGUGUCUUGUGCCGAUAUAAUAGCUAUCGCAGCAAGAGAUGUGGUCACAUUGUCCGGAGGUCCCUAUUGGAAUGUACUCAAAGGACGGAAAGACGGAAGAAUUUCCCGAGCCAACGAGACGAUCAAUCUUCCUGCUCCGACUUUCAACGUUUCCCAACUGAUCCAAAGCUUUGGCGCGAGAGGCUUAGGGAUUAAAGACAUGGUUACACUCUCGGGAGGGCACACGUUAGGGUUUUCUCAUUGUUCUUCCUUUGAAUCCCGUCUUCAAAACUUCAGUUCUCUCCACGACAUCGACCCUUCAAUGAACGAGAAUUUCGCCCAAACUCUGAGAAAGAAUUGCCCGAAACUAAAGCGAGACAAGAACGCAGGGCAGUUCUUGGAUUCCACUUCUUCGGUUUUCGACAAUGACUACUACAAACAGAUAUUGGCAGGGAAAGGGGUGUUCGGCUCGGACCAGGCACUUCUCGGCGAUCUUAGGACAAAGUGGAUCGUCGAGACAUUCGCACGGGACAAAACCGCGUUUUUCAGAGAGUUUGGAGCUUCGAUGGUGAAACUCGGAAACGUCGGGGUGAAAGAGGUCGGAGAAGUGAGAGUUAAUUGCCGUUUCGUCAAUUAAGUAAAAUCUUUCAGAAAAUUGGAACCAUGAGAAGAGUUCUAUAUACGAAACUUGGUUAUUGAUUAUUUUGGAUAAUAAUGUAAAGCCGACCAAUAUAAUGGCCGGUUAUGAAAAUAUACUUCUCUAUUGGGUUUGCUUGA